GACAAUGAUUAAUUAAGGGAGGGUGAAGGCGGCCGAGUGAACUCAGUGGGUUUUGGAUUGGGUUGUGGUUCGUUUAUCUACUCUCCUCUUGUUCGUUUCAUCUCUCUCGCACUACAAUCAAAGAAAGCCAUGAGAGCAUUUUGUUGAUAGAAUAAUUUGGUCUUUCUAUUGGAUUAGGGUUUGUUUUUCCAUCGCUCUCCAUUCAAAGAUGAUUCCCGCACUGUCUCAAUUCAAGGUUAACCAUGUGGGUGUGGGGUUCAAUUCGCCGUCCCCUAACCCCAUUCCCAUGCUUCCCACGCUCAGUCACAGACGCUGUGUUCUCCGUGUCAGCGUGCGAUCGUAUUCCUCCGACGACUUCAACACUCUCAAAAUCACCGCCCACGUCGAAACUGACUCCACCGUUCACUUGGAGCGUUGCUUUAACGCGCCCGUCUCUUCCCAUCUUCCCUCCAUCUCUAUGAAGGGCGGCCAGUACGGUGCCUUCGGUGCCGUUACCUUGGAGAAAUCCAAACUCGAUUUAUCCCAAAAGCAAACAAGCUUUAGCCCCGAGCUAGACAUUGGGGGAGGUGGAGGAGACAUUGGAAAGAAAAUCAAUCAUGGUGGUGGUGAUGGAGGUGAUGAUGAUGGGGAUGAUGACGAUUACUUUGAUGACUUCGAUGAUGGUGAUGAGGGAGAUGAGGGUGGCUUGUUUAGGAGACGGAUACUUUUUGAAGAGCUAUUUGACCGAAAAUUUGUGGAUGCUGUGUUAAAUGAGUGGCAAAAGACUAUGAUGGAUUUGCCUGCUGGGCUUCGGCAAGCUUAUGAAAUGGGCUUGGUUAGCUCAGCUCAAAUGGUAAAAUUUCUUGCAAUCAAUGCCAGGCCAACCACCAGUAGGUUUAUUUCCCGAACUCUGCCUCAAGCACUAUCAAGGUCUUUCAUUGGCAGGUUGCUUGCAGAUCCUGCAUUCUUGUAUAGGUUUCUAUUGGAGGAGGCUGCAACAGUAGGUUGCUCUUUGUGGUGGGAGAUAAAAAAUCGGAAAGAUAGGAUAAAGCAGGAGUGGGAUCUUGCAUUAAUGAACGUGAUGACAGCAGCAGCAUGCAAUGCACUAGUUGUUUGGUCCCUUGCUCCUUGUCGAUCAUAUGGGAACACUUUUCGGUUUGAUUUACAAAAUACAUUGCAGAAGCUUCCAAACAACAUAUUUGAAAAGAGCUAUCCACUUAGGGAAUUUGACAUGCAAAAGAGAAUUCAAUGCUUUCUGUUCAAGGCUGCUGAGUUGUGCAUGGUUGGUUUGAGUGCUGGUGCAGUACAGGGUGCGUUGUCAAACUCUCUGGCUAGUAAAAAGGAGGGAAGAUUAUCUGUGACAGUCCCAAGUGUGAGCAGUAAUGCGCUUGGUUAUGGUGCCUUUCUCGGAAUUUAUGCCAACCUGAGAUAUCAACUGUUAUGUGGGUUUGAUAGAGCAAUGAUGACCCAUUUUGAUGUUAUUGGAGUUGCCUUGUUCUUCAGCACAACAUUCAGGAUCUUGAACGUUCAAUUGGGAGAGACUUCUAAGCGUGCCUGGCUUGGAGUUGAGGCAGAUCCCCUGGCUCAGUCGGAUGACCUCUUGAAAGUGUAUAACAGGACUUCUGAGAAUGUAGAAAAGUCAUCCUCAAAAUGGUUUAUAUCAAAAAAUGCAGUUGUUUCUGGGCUUGGGCUCUUGGGCAUCAAACAAAGGAAUACAGACGGGUCUGGUGCAGAAUCUUCAGCUCCUAAAACUCGCCGAAAAAGGAUUGUUCGGAAGAAGGUUGCGGCGGGUUCUGCUUAGUAUCUUCUGAUGUAAAACGUGGUCAUAGUCCAAUUUUGCUGUUUUCUUCUUCUGGAGGGUCAUUUGUGGUUUACUGGCUGCUUCACCAAGUCCGGGGGGCAAUUAGUGGACCAAGAUUUUUCAUCACAUUUAACUCAAAUUUGAGGAGGGUUUUGCUUUUAAAUUUUGUUAGGAACUCUUGUAUUGAUCCUUUCUGUUUUCUAUCUGAUUCUGUACUAGUAUAUAUUUUGAAUCUUUUAAAUAAAAGUAGAGCAAGUUAUUUUUUUUUCUUUUACCUCUUGGUCGAAAAUCCUACGUCCAUGUAAACCUUAAUUGAGACUCAAAAAUAUAGUUCUUAUACACUUUUAUCUUGUCCAUUA